AUGAGGAGCUUCCUUCUGCUUACGCUGUUGGCCGCCGCUUCGGCGGUCAGGGCCAUCGUCCAGAGGACUGGAGCGAGUUUGUACCAUGAUGUUGACAGCACAUACAUGCCUAUGUUUACGGAGGAGCAAUUGAGAAACCCUAACAUUGCCCCUCUUGAUAUUGCUAGUGAGAAGCACUUGAACGAAUACGUGUCGAGGAAGUUUGAGUCCAAUUGUGGUCGUGUUAGCAGGAUUGUGCUCCACGCCCCUCUGGAUGGUCUUUUCAAGACUAUUUACUACGAUGCUGAACCCCUUAACACGCCACCUGCGUUCCUCAGUUACAAGGCUGUGGUUGACUACGUCGAUGGCGCCCCAACCUACAUUCGUCUUGAGGGUUUGGUCAGCCGUGGCGUGUACGGUGUCAGGUACUUCCUGAAGGGCGAUACCGCUUUCACCAUGGUUACUCGUCCUGAUUUCAUCAGGAGCAGGGUAUCCAACGGUACCGCUUACACGCUGGACCUUUACGCCGAUCUGGAUGACUUCGAGGAGCACAACAUGGUUCGUGCUAACGAGAACUCCCCUCAGAAAAUUGCCAUUUACUACCCGAAGUUCAACCACUACGUUGAGGAGGUUAUUGCUGGCACCAAGAAGCUGUGGGCCUACGACCCGCUGUCCGCUGAGGUGUGCUUGAAGAUUAUGACUUACACUUACGAAAACAAGAACUUCUGUGUCGUGCGUACUAUGGAUUGGAACGGUUUUAUUGAUGAGUACUUGUUCGUUGAGGGUGCGGGUGGUUACAGCCGUGUUUCUCACAACCUUAAGGAGAACUUUUUCAUUCACGGUGGUAGCGAGGCUGAGGGAACGCAGGAGCUCGACCCCAACCUCAUCACCAUGGUCCAGGUUGCGCCUCCCACUGAUGAGGAAUCUGACUUGUUCAACAGUGCCAAGUUCAUCAAGGCCAACGUGCGCGAGCCGCCGAAGCGCGACGAGCACUGGAGCUCUCACACCGCCUACAACGCUUCUGGCAAUGUUGAGACCUUCGGUGCUGCCCAUGAAGGCUACCUUAUCUACCGCAUUAACGACGGCCAGCGCGUGAUCUGGGACCGUCCCGGUAUGGGUAUUAAGCACUUCACGCACAUGGUCACCCUUGAGGGUGUUGAGUUGAUGCAGCUUACCGCCAUCGGCGAUGAAGGUGCCACUUACGAGUACUACAUGGAGAAGCGCAAGAACGGCUGGGCCCCGAUCACCAAGUCUCAGAUGAUGGAGCUCAUGAACCCGUCCCUUGUUACCAGCAUGUUCGGUGAGCAUGUUACGAUCGAGGCCAAGGACUACACUCCUGAGGAACUUGAGUACAUCAACAGGUGCACCACCGUCACCCUUGACCUCAAGGAGAUUGUGUACUACGCCUGGUACACUGACCGUGUCAAGAUUGGUAACCUUAUUACCAGGAAGGUGUUGACCGCUGUCGAUGGUUACGCGUUCAACCGUUUCGUGAACGGCGAUGAGGUUGUGUACAACCCCAAGGGCAAGUACUUGUCCACCAAGGUUAUCCACUACAAGGUUAAGGACAUGGACCUCUUCGGCUUCGACGCUAUUGACAAGAUGACCGGUAAGAGUGAGCCUCACUACUUCAUCAAGCGCAACCACUUGUGGUUGCCUGUUGACGAGCAGUCUUUCAACAAGACGUUCUUGGACAUGGUUGUCUUGACCUACUACAAGCAGGCCCAGGUUGCCGACGCUAUCAAGGAAGCUGAGGAAGCUGCCGCCAGGGUUGACAGGGAGAUUGAGGAGGGUGCUGCCAAGUUCAUCAAGGACAUCGAUGAGGCCGAAGCUUCCGGUACCAUUGGUAGUCUCAGUGACGGUGCUAAGCCCAGGCGCCCGAUUCCCAAGAUCACUCGUAAGCCCUACGACCCGUACGCCGACCCCGAUGAGUACAUGGACCUGCCCCUGCAGCAGGAGCUUGACACUCACUACGGUGGUCACAAGUUGGACCGUGCGGCUAACAAAGAGUUCCUGAAGAAGGUCAGGAAGCACAAGUUCAUCCGUCUCGAGCUCAAGGGUCGCGAGGAUGAUCGCUACAAGAUGCACGCCAUCAUGGGUCCGGACAAAACCUACAGGAUUGUCUACAACCCUGCUGAGGGCUACCUGUUCGAUGAAGUGUACGAGUCUGGCGUUCCGGUCUUCGCCACCCCCGGUUACAUUAUCACCGAGGCUACGAUUGACCAGUUGCCUGACGGCCAGCACUUCUUGCAGAUCAUUGCUUACGACAGCGAGGGUAACCACGUCAUGCUUUACUUCUACAAGACCAACAAGUACCACAACUUCAAGGAAAUCAGUCGUGCCACCUACACCACGCUGCGUUUCAGGAGCAUGGUUAAGACCCGUAUUGAUGUCAGCAAGAAGAACAGCCACCACAGGGGUGUGGUCAAGUUGGUCUCCAAGCACUACAAGAAGGUGUCUGCGUUCCUUCCCCGUUACAACUGCGUCAUCGACGAGGUUCGUCACAGGAAGUACAUCAUCUGGCGUUUCGAUGAGCUUAACCCCGAGGUCGUCACCCGUGUGGUUGUGUUCUCUCGUGACAACAUCCAGGGUGUCUUGCUGCAGUUGAUCGACGCCAGGGCGAACGAUGUCCAGAGGUUGUACUUGAACACCAACCCCAAGACCGAUGAGUACGCUCUGUUCAUGCACAAGGGUGAAAUGUUUGCUUUGUUCAAGGAGUACUUGAUGAGCAGGAAGACUGGUAUCGCGUGCUUCAGCAGCUACAGGCCCAACGACAUUGACUGGAGCAAGGAGAUCGUUGAGGGAAGCGAGAGCUACGAGAGGAUUAAGGCCGCCCUCACCCGCAGUGGCAGGAAGUGGGGUAAGGCACCUACCCUCUCCCCGCCUACUGAGGAUGUUGAGGAGGAAGAGCCCGAGGCCGAUGACGAGUUGUCCGGUGAGCCUGCCGAUGAGAAGGCUGAGAAGGUUGAGGAUGAUGACUCUGACUCUGACGACGAGGAGGAGGAGGAAGAGAAGAAGCCCGCGGACCCUGAUGAUGAAGAAGACCUCACUGAGGAGCAGAAGGCUGCUAAGGAAGCCGCGGCUGCUGAGGCAGCUAAGGCCGCCAAGUUGGCCGCCAUCCAGGCCAACUUGAACCGCAAGGCUGACAUCAAGGACAGCUCCUACUACGUCAGCAUUCCGUUCACCCUGCGCAAGGUCGUCCACAAGGAGGGCGUUGUGUGGGAUGCCGGAAACACUGGUUCUGUCUGCCUUGACGUCAGGAAGUACUCUAAGAGCCAGUACCGUCUCGUUGAGCUUGAAAUCUUGACUCCCGACGGACGUGUCGAGAUCAGGUACUUCAUGAACACCCACAACGGAAGGGGUCACUACCAGGAGGUUGAGCUGUGCAGGAUCGGUAUGGACAUUUGA